CUGACUCUCAAGGUCAAGACCGAGCGAGAAGAACUGGACCGAAUCGUCGUCGCAAUAGAUGACCUCGCAAGAGAGGACAACUGGUCCGACGAUCUCUUGUUUAAGGUCAAUCUGGUUCUUGAAGAGAUUGGUCUGAACAUAAUUGAAUACGCUUUCGACGGCGGCUCGCACGAAUUUGAGAUCAUCGUAACGUCAGAUGCUCAGUCCGUUACCAUCGAGACAGUAGAUGACGGGCGCCCAUUCGACCCAUUGACUGAGACUCCGGCACCCGACCUCGACUCUUCGCUGGAUUGUCGUCCUGUGGGCGGCCUCGGGGUUCACCUCGUCCGCACCCUGAUGGAUCAGUCAGACUAUCGGAGAGUUGAUGGCAGGAACUGCCUGACUCUGACCACGUAUAGAACUGAGACUCCGCAUUGUCCUGAAUGA